CGCGUUAAUAUCCAUCAAAUUAAUGAAAUACUUAAACUUAACGACCCAUUUUAAUUGGCUCACCACUCUAAAGGGCUCGCACGCCUGAACAGAAAAAAAAAAUCUUAACAGUGCAGGUAAUUAUGAGAAAAUGUGCAUCAAAUUGUGCUCUUUACAGAGUGCCGGAAAACAAUAAUUAACCCCAUUCACAGUGAUGAGCUCCAUCUUAUCACAGCUGCACGCCAAGUAUGCAUCCAAGAAUUGGAAUGAGACUUUCCAGCUGGUUAGAAAAUGCAUGGACAAAUCCAGAGAUGACUCCGCGCCCUGCCAGCCGCUCGUUGCGACUCUGGAAAGGCUCCAGGAGGUGUUUAAGGUGUCCUCCAUCAACGCCAUGAGAUCUCGUUUGGAGCUGGCGGCUCAACGACAAGGGAUGGGCUUCCACUUCACGGAGGCCACGUGCUACCUGACGGCUGACCUGUUCUACGUGGAGGCGGCGCUGCUGCCGUGCGGCGGCGUGGACGAGGUCACGGUGGCGCCGCACGGUGGAGCCCCUUCGAGGAGCGAGAUCCUCCUGCAGCCUCUCAGGUCAAAAGACUUUUCAGAGUUCUCCGCCAGGCUGAAAGACCUCGCAAGCCAGUAUGACGUCCCCGGAGACAACGAUGUAAAAUUCAAACUAUUCACGGCUUUCCAACACCUCAGGAAAGACAUGCAAGCCAUUUCGCAUUUGCCCAGAGUGGCCAGCGGCAACAGCAGCCGGCAGAUGGCCGAUAUUAUCAAUGACAGCUUGUUUGGCUGUCUCCUCGCUGAACAAGCAGAUUGCCCUUUGACCAUCCAUUUCUACUCGCCACCAACUAGCGAAGCGAACGGAGUGAAUUUCGCGGACAAGCAGGCGGCCCGGGUGGCUGUGCGCUCCAGUCACGUGUCACACAAACUUCAAAUGGCGUCAGUCGUCCCGCUGCCCCUACAACUCGACCCCGAGGGUUUUCCCGUCUUAUCCCCAACGAGCGAAGUAGCGCACGAGACGUUGCCUGCCUGCUUCGUGCUCCGCCUAAAGCCAACCAUACCCACGCUGAGGUCUUUUGUAGACAAGAUCAACCAGAUUACAGGAGUUGCAGUACCAGACCACGACGUGCAGUGGGCGCAAUUUCGCAAUCUUCUGGCUCAAGACUCGAUAAGUCACUGCAGUCCGGAGGAUGAAUUGGAUCGUUUUUGCGCUGCGCUUCUUCCUGGCGAUGUCACGCACACCUACGUCUUCCCCGCAGAGGCGUGGGAAGCGGCCUCUCACGCGGGCGUCGCGUUGGACGCCGUUCCCUUCACCCACGCCGCCCACGUUCCGCGCCUGGUGGAGUUGCUGCGGCAUCAGUGCGCCAUCAACACAUUGCUGAAGAGCUGCAUGUCCCAAGGUCCAGAUUGCGAUCACCAUUUUGAGGUACGUCCGGAGGCUGACACCGACUUCUCUGUGACAUUCCAGCGGCCAGACAAAAACUCGCUUGCCAUUUUGCUGGUGGGCAUUGCGGAUUCUCAGAAUAUUACAUGCAGAUUAUACGGAGCUGGGAUUGGCGAUUCCUCCCGGGAUGAGUACAUCGCCAGCAUCAUGAGGAGGUGCAUGUCCAUCCCUCUGAGCCUCCACGCGUUGUACGAAAAGAUGAAACUCACUGCCGCCGCCCCUCCUGACUCCGAAAAGGACUCGACGACUUCCCUGUGUGUACCCAUAGAAGACUGAUCAUUGUUAUCGACCAAGUUGCUUGCCAACAUGAGUCCCGACGCCCCCGCGGGCAUCUCGCCACAUUGACUGACUACUUACACUACUUUUGCUCCAUCUCGAGUCCAUAUAUUUUCAGUUUUCAAUAAAAGAGUUAGACUGCAUUGACA